UGCUUAAUCUAAAAAAUACACAAAACCUGAUUUGAGUGUACCAAACUCCACGCAAAUUAAUUUUCAAAGCUUGUGACACCUUCAGAGGCUUUACAAGCUUCACUUACCUUACACCUUUCUGCUGUGUUGGCAGCUUGAAAACUAAUAAGAGAAGACAUCAAAUUUGUGUUGUUUACGGAAGCUGUCUCAAUUGGGUAUGAGAUAAGAUGGUUCGCUGCAGUGAGCAAGAAACUUACCUUUAUGACCCAAACAUUUUGCUGAAACUAAACUUCCAUCAAAGUCCGGCCAAAUUCGAACCAUUCAUAUCAGCCGCAUAUCCAGGUGAAAAUUGGCUUAAGGUACGACCACUUAAAGAUGGUGACUACGACCGGGGAUUUCUGCAACUGCUUUCACAACUAACCGAAGUGGGUCAUGUAACACGGACACAAUUUUUAACAAGGUUCUCUCAGAUGAAAGCCAGUGGCGAUUACUAUGUCACAGUAAUUGAGGAUACUCGAAGAAAUGAAAUAAUCGGGGCUGCUUCCUUAAUCGUCGAACGAAAAUUCAUACACAAUUGUGCAAUUCGUGGACGUUUGGAGGACGUUGUUGUAAAUGACAAUUACCGCGGCAAGCAAUUGGGUAAACUUAUUGUGGUAACUGUCAGUCUAUUGGCUCAACACAUCGGCUGUUACAAAAUGUCGCUAGAUUGCAAGGAUAAGCUAAUUAAAUUCUACGAGUCUCUUGGCUAUGCUCUUAUUCCCGGAAAUGCUAAUUCCAUGACAAUACGAUACGAUGAGGAACCGUUUACAGUGCGACAAAACAACACUAUGUUAGAUGUUAGCGAUGCUAACACCGUCAGCCAAACUGUGAGCCUCGAUUUUUCUUCUUGACAAUUAGCCACCAGUACCGCUCUUAAAUCGAAAUUGUAAUUUCUUACAACAUUUAGUAUAAAAGAAAAAUAAUAAACUGUUGUAACAUCAUUAAACAUAGUGAUUCUUAAUAAUAGCCGAAAACAAAGAAUGAUUUGAAGUUAUAUUGAUAGGCAUCAAAUUGCAAGGACUUCAAAUACUUGAUUGUUUUCGGCUAACCAUUAAUAUGGAUAUAUAUGUUUCACAGUUUUUUUUCUUUUUUGUUGUAAGCAUUAAAAAUUUCUGAUUUAUUGCAAAGCGCUCCGCAGAUGAAGGGAAUAUUGCAAGCAUUUUUGAAGCGCUUUGAUAGCGGUGCUGGUAGACGGUGGUGCCUUGCAACUGAUGUUUUAUGCAUACUUAUAUAAAUAAAAGCAUCAGAAAAGGCAUACAUUAGAAAAGUAAACUUUUUUUUUUUUUUUAAUUUACGUUAUUGUGUACAUUGUUGUAUAUUUAGUUUAACCAUAUGAUUUGAUUUUGAUUUUUACUUGCAAACAUGGCUGAAAUUGAAAGGUAGUGGUUAUAUUACCAUUUAAAAGUACAUUUAUAAAAUAGGUAGUGUAACCAGUGGAUGGGCAAGGAGCUUCACUUAGUGAUUUUUGAAAUGUUCGCAUAUACAUAUACAUAUGUACAUAUACGAGUACGAAAAUAUAAUGUAAAAUUCGGUA